ACCCCCAAUAUCUCAUUUUCUUCUCAUUUUUCUCUCGCCGCCGCCACCACCACCACCACCACCACCACAACAACCACCGCUUCACUGCGAAGCCACCAAUUUUUUAUAGAAUGAACUCUUCUUCCUCUUCUAAUUCUUCCUCGUCUUCCUCUUCUUCCUCCUCUUCAAAUUGGCUUGCUUUUUCUCUCUCUAACAAUCCCAACUCUCUCUCUCUAUUCCACCACCCUAAUCCUCCCGAUCUCUCCAUUUUCUCCCCCAAGCUCGAGGAUUUUCUCCGGGGAGCUUCCACCCCUCCGCCGCUGCCGUCUCCCUACCAGUUUUCUCCCCAUCAAACGCCCCUCACUUUCUGUGAAGAAUCCGAGAUUUGCGAUUCUGAUCUCAAAACCAUAGCCGCUAGUUUCCUCCGUGGAUCUCCCUCCCAGUUCCCCGAACAACACCUUCAGCAGCAUCUCCACGCGCCGCCUCCCCACCCUCUGCCUGAUACCCUAACCAAUCCACCGCCGCCGCCUCCCAAGAAGUCCGUCGAUACUUUCGGCCAACGUACCUCCAUCUACCGCGGUGUUACAAGACACAGAUGGACUGGUCGAUAUGAAGCUCAUUUGUGGGAUAACAGUUGCAGAAGAGAGGGUCAGAGUAGGAAAGGAAGACAAGUUUAUUUGGGUGGUUAUGACAAGGAAGAAAAAGCAGCUCGAGCUUAUGAUCUCGCUGCUCUCAAAUACUGGGGUCCGACCACCACCACCAACUUUCCGGUGUCGGAUUACGAAAAAGACCUGGAGAAUAUGAAGAACAUGACCAGACAAGAAUUUGUCGCUUCAUUAAGAAGGAAAAGCAGCGGUUUCUCUAGAGGAGCUUCUAUUUACAGAGGUGUAACAAGGCACCACCAACAUGGCAGAUGGCAAGCAAGAAUCGGGAGGGUUGCUGGCAAUAAAGAUCUCUACCUUGGAACUUUCAGCACUCAGGAAGAAGCAGCGGAGGCGUAUGAUAUUGCGGCCAUCAAAUUCCGAGGCCUAAACGCUGUCACCAACUUCGAUAUAAGUCGCUACGACGUCAAAAGCAUUGCCAGCAGCAACCUUCCCAUCGGAGGCAUGUCGGCCACCAAAUCCAAACCCACCACCGACUCCUCCGCCUCCGAAGACCGCGACGUGCACCAUUCUCCCGUCUCCUCCACCGCGACUCUCCUCCCAUCUCACCCCAACACCUCCACUCUAACCUUCGGAAUGCCGCCCAUCAAACAAGACCCAUCCGACCAAUACUGGUCCAUGUUCGGCUACAACGUUCCCCCACCAACAUCCUCAUCCUCCUUCACAAUGUUCCAACAACCUUCAAACACCGCAUCCACAACGUUCCCCGCCGUCGCCGACCUACCUCCAACCGCCUCGCCGCCGCUCCCCGAAGGCGGCGCUUACGAGCAGCACCAACAAUUUGCAGCCCCGAUAGCUUUAAGUAGAGCAAGCCUGUUUCAAACGCCAAUAUUUGGAAUAGAAUGAAAGGUGGAUAAUAUGGUAGCUGCCACUAAGCUGACUGUGUAGUAAUCAAAGCUGUGUACUGACCUUUUUUUUUUCUUUGUUUUUUUAGAUUAUGCUUUUUUCUUUUCUUUUAUUAUGUAUUUUCUUUACCUUCAGUCACUCACUAUAUUUUGUCUUUGUUAUGGGCAAAUUUUAUAU